GCGUAGACCGGCCAAACUAAAACGACGUCGUUUUUGACCCCAACUCCAAGCGGGCUUUUCGCUCCUGUUCAUUGUCCCAUCGGAGCACCGAAGAAACGUCUUCCCGAUUUAGCUCAAAGUGACUCACAAUUCCAUCUGAGCUUCAAUAUUUUGUGAAAAACGGGCUUGAAUCAGAGCCCUGACGACGCCGGGAAUGGAGAUAGAUUCGUCCCCGAUUAGUCGGUGCUCCAAGGAGCACCAGAAGAUCUAUCAAGACUGGUUUGCUUACGCUGAUUCCGAUGGAGACGGUCGUCUUACAGGCAGCGAUGCUACCAAGUUUUUUUCCAUGUCUAAUUUGUCUCGCCAGGAUCUCAAGCAGGUGUGGGCAAUUGCUGAUUCCAAAAGGCAAGGUUUUCUUGGAUUUAAAGAAUUUAUUGCAGCAAUGCAGUUAGUUUCUUUGGCACAAGCUGGCAAUGAUCUCUACGGUGAUAUUUUAAGCUAUGAAGUUGAUUUUGAAAACUUACAACCUCCAACUAUGGAAGGUCUGGAUGCGCUCCUUGCGAGGAAAAGGCUUUCGAGUGAUUCUGAACUGAAUGGCAGACCUGAAUUGCAAACCUCUCCUUCAGCCAGUUGGUUUUCUUCUUCAAAAUCUGUAAAGAAGGUGCCUUUAAACUCUGUCACUUCUAUUAUUGAUGGAUUAAAGAAGUUGUAUAUACAAAAGCUGAAGCCCCUAGAAGUAACAUACCGGUUUAACGAUUUUGUUUCUCCCUUACUAGCCAAUAGUGAUUUCGAUGCCAAACCAAUGGUGAUGCUAUUGGGUCAGUACUCCACUGGCAAGACAACUUUCAUCAAACAUUUGCUCAGAACAAGUUAUCCCGGUGCUCAUAUUGGGCCAGAGCCUACUACAGAUAGAUUUGUCGUCGUGAUGAAUGGAGCUGAUGAGAGAAGUAUUCCAGGGAACACUGUUGCCGUUCAAGCAAACAUGCCUUUCAGUGGCUUGACAACUUUUGGAACUGCAUUUUUAUCGAAGUUUGAAUGUUCACAAAUGCCGCAUCCUCUGCUCGAGCACAUCACAUUUGUGGACACACCUGGAGUUCUUUCAGGGGAAAAGCAACGCACACAGAGAAGCUACGACUUCACAGGUGUAACAUCUUGGUUUGCCGCAAAAUGUGACCUCAUCCUGCUUUUGUUCGAUCCUCACAAGCUGGAUAUAAGCGAUGAAUUCAAAAGAGUUAUUGGAUCUUUAAGGGGCCAUGAUGAUAAGAUACGCGUGGUUUUGAACAAGGCUGAUCAAGUCGAUACACAACAACUUAUGCGGGUGUAUGGGGCAUUGAUGUGGUCCCUUGGGAAGGUCCUAAAUACUCCUGAAGUUAUGCGCGUAUAUAUCGGUUCAUUCAAUGACAAGCCUAUAAAUACUGCUGCUGCUGGCCCCAUGGGUACCGAGCUUUUCGAGAAAGAACAGAACGAUCUUCUUAGCGAUUUGAAAGACAUACCAAAGAAGGCUUGUGAUCGUCGUAUUAACGAAUUUGUAAAACGUGCUCGCGCUGCCAAAAUACAUGCAUACAUCAUCAGUCAUCUGAAAGGAGAAAUGCCGACGAUGAUGGGCAAAGCUAAGGCGCAACAAAGGCUCAUCGACACCCUUGCUGAGCAAUUCGUCAAGGUCCAGAGAGAACAUCACCUGCCGGCGGGAGACUUUCCAAACGUGGAGCAGUUCAGGGAGGUUCUCAGCGGGUACAGCAUAGAUAGGUUUGAGAAGCUGAAACCCAAAAUGAUACAAGCAGUCGACGACAUGCUCGGCUACGACAUCCCCGAGCUAUUGAAGAACUUUCGCAAUCCCUACGAUUAGCAUUACACCGCCUGUGGAGGAUAAUUCAUAUUUAUUAGUCUCCUGUGUUCGUUCGUCUUCUUCGGUCAAAAAGAGCACAAUCUGCGGCUUUCAAAUCCAAUGCUGUUCUUAUUCUUGUUGUAAUUGGAGUAGACAAUCAGAUACAUGCCGAUUAUGUGAGUGCUAAUAUGUACAUCGUUGUAAUCUGCCAAGUCAUUUUGUACCUUGUCGUGCAACUGUGAUGAACUAUAAAAAGAUGAACAACAAGAAAAACGAGGCUUGUCUA